UGCUCACCAAGGGCACACUCCAGUUCUUCAACUACACGAAUCUAAAGCCCACGAUCGCUGAACACGUCGAAAACGCAACUCAAUGGCGAAAGCGCAAACAAGCGCGGCGCGUCGCGGCCGCCCUGCCAGAAACGCUACGUCAGAGAUUCCCGUUGCCGUCAUAAUCCCUCCUAGUCUUAAGAAGCGCGGUCGUCCAGCAAAGAUUGACGCUGUAGCAGUAGCUCCUAUUGUGCCGCCGAAGAAGCGCGGCCGUCCCUCAAAAACACAAGCUUAUGAGCCCAUUGCGCAAAUCAAUCAGGCCAUCAAGCGCGGUCGCCGCUCAGUCGCAACUGCUGAGGAGGCUGUCGCAAAGGCGCCGAUUCCCAUAAAAAAGCGCGCUGGACGACCUGCGAAAACUGCCGCUGCUGCUGAACUAACUGUCGCGCCUAAGAAGCGCGGCGGCCGUCCUCGCAAGGAGGAUGCUGUACAUGAAGCUCCAGUUACACUCAAGCGCCGCGGUCGUCCUGCGCUCGACCUCAACCGCGUUGCUGAAUCCUCGCGCGUUACAAAGCGCACUUCACCGCGCUCCAAGCUCGCCGCUAGAGCGCCUCCUAAAGUCGCUGCUGCGCCCCGUAUCAACCCUAAGAUGCGUUCGCGCCUGCGCACACGUGCUGCGCCAGUUCAGAAGAAGACCGUCGUUGAGCCUGUCAAGAAGGCCCGCGGCAGGCCCAAAAAGGUCGAGGUCGAGAAGCCGAUCGCACCAAAGAAGGCCGAUAGCCGUGGCCGCAAGGCCAGCGUGCCUGCUCCAGUCGCCCCAGCUAAGAAGGUGACCGCACAUCCCAAGACCGCUGUUCCCCGCAAGCGUCGCGGCUUCUCAUCAGUCGAGGUCCUGGACAAGUUCGCUGCACAGGUGAAGCAGUACAUUCUAGACCUCCAAGCUGAGGAUACAGCCAAUGCUGCCGCCGCUGCCGGCGAGGCUGAUGACGAGGGCGAAGAUAUCGAAAUCGAAAUCGAGCUUGGCACUGCGGAUGCCACUGGCCCCUCUGGCAACAUCCAGGCUGAGAUCGAGCUUGAAGAAGCCACUCCUGCGCUUGCAGAAGACGAAAAGGAAGAUGAGUGCGAGCACAUACUCAUCGACCCAGGGGAGGUAGCGGAGGCAGCGGCGCUCGACCAGGAGCAGUUUUCUAGGGGCACAGAUGGCGUAGCAGAGCUUGCUUCCGAGAGCGACGACUUCGAGGACGAGACCGAGCUCCUAUCUGAGACUGCCGUGCUUGCUGAGAUCGCAGCUGUGCAGGACGAGCUCGACGUGCAGAACCAUAUCGAGCAGGAUGUCGAGAUUGCAGAAGAUGCUCAAGCUGGGCUCGAGCGCCAGAGCUCCGCCAGUCACGCCUCGGUUCACUUGUUCGAGGAGAUUACUGGGGUGUCUUCGAUCCCACAGAUGGAUGGCUCAAACGAAGUUGAGGCCUUUCACGCUCACGUCGACGAGCACGACCAUGUCUUAAACGCCCCUGCGCCAAAGACUGCGAGCGCCGGAUCGCUGUUCAGCGGGUUUUAAGGAAUCGGUCUAUAUGUGCGCCCAUAACGUUGCGCAGUCCUGAUUCUGACCUCACGGCUCUCACGAACUUUUUGGGCUGGCUUGAGCUUGUAUGAGCGGCGUUUCUAAACGUUCAGAUAUGUAGCUCAACAUCAAUUUAUCGCUCAUUUUCACUUUA